UGCGGCGCUGAGGCAGGUGUUGCUGUUGUUUGCGCAUCGCCCGUGAGAGAUGGUUUGGCAGGAUGGACACUGAGAGAACCCCAUUGCAACCCCAUUGUAGUUUCCCAUGUACACUGCAAUUUUGCUUUUCAAAAUAGAUCCUUUAUUUCGCGCUGGAAACCAAGUAAACAUCGCCAUGGUGCACCACUCGGGCUCAAUCCAGUCCUUCAAGCAGCAGAAAGCAGGCAUGCACACCAGCAUCAGCGAGAUCCUGAAGGAGAAGAACCUGAAGCCGUCUCGCCGCAGCCUGCCCUGCCUGGUCCAGAGUCAGACUCAUCCACUCAACCUCAACCACUUUCUAUCUGUAACUCUGGACCCGGAGGCCAAACCAGAAGCUGAGGGUCUGAGUCAGAGCACCAGCACCUCCUGCAGCCUCGUCCCCCCACAGAAAGCAGAGGAUGCCAAGGACCACUACACAGAAGAAUCAGAGGUUACUACGUGUGGAACAAGGGCAGAUGAGCCAUUUCUGCUUCAAAAGCCUGUUACUCGUGCUAAAUUAGAGGCCCGCACAGAUUCACUUCAGGGAAAGAAUCGCGCUGAUUCCUCUGGAUUAUUUUUCCGAGAUGGGAAAAAACGUAUUGACUACAUCCUGGUUUACAAGAAGUCUAGUCCCCAGGUGGAGAAGAGGUGCACGUUUGAGAAAAAUCUGCGUGCUGAGGGCCUGAUGCUGGAGAAGGAGCACUCUUUGACAAACAACGACAUCAUGUUUGUGAAGAUCCACGCUCCUUGGGAUGUACUUUGUAAAUAUGCAGAGCAGAUGAACAUCAGAAUGCCUUUCAGGAAAAAAUGUUACUUCACAGACUGGAAGAGCAAAACUUUGGGCAGCAGGUUGCAUCUGAGAUGCCGUCAGAUAAAAAGCUGGCUUCCCAGAAAUCCCAUGAAGCUGGACAAAGAGGCCUUGCCUGACCUGGAGGGAACAGACUGCUACACAGCCCCCUUUAGCAGAGCGCGCAUGCAUCACUUCACUAUCAACAACAGAGAAACCUUCUUCUCAAAUUCCACCAGAAACAGAAUAGUCCAUCACGUCCUGCAGCGCACAAAGUACGAAGAUGGAAAAUCAAAGAUGGGUAUCAACCGGUUAUUGGGCAACAACACAUACGAGGCUGCUUUUCCUCCACAUGAGGGUGGUUACAAGAGCCGGCACCCAAUUAAGACACAUGGUGCCCAGAACCACAGACAUCUUCUGUAUGAGCGUUGGGCCCGCUGGGGGAUAUGGUACAAAUACCAACCUCUGGACCUCAUCAGGCGAUACUUUGGUGAGAAAAUUGGUCUUUACUUUGCGUGGUUGGGCUGGUACACCGGCAUGUUGAUCCCUGCUGCCCUGGUUGGCGUUCUCGUCUUCCUCUAUGGUCUCUUUACUAUGGACUCUAGUCAAGUUAGUAAAGAGAUUUGUGAAGCCAACACUACCAUCAUGUGUCCUAUGUGUGAGGAAACCUGUGAGCCAUGGACGCUGAGUGAUAGUUGUGUCUAUGCAAAGGUUACCCAUCUGUUUGACAACGGCGGGACUGUGUUCUUUGCUAUCUUCAUGGCUAUUUGGGCAACAGUCUUCCUAGAGUUCUGGAAAAGGAGGAGGGCAGAACUGACUUACGACUGGGAUCUCAUUGACUGGGAGGAGGAAGAGGAGGAGCUGCGGCCUCAAUUUGAGGCCAAGUACUCCAGAGUGGAGAGAGUCAACCCCAUCUCUGGCAAGCCUGAGCCUUUCCAGCCCUUCUCAGACAAACUCAGCCGGCUCAUGGUGUCAGUGUCUGGAAUAUUCUUCAUGAUUUCCCUCGUUCUGACGGCCGUGUUUGCUGUGGUGGUUUUCCGUCUCAUUGUGAUGGAGAAGUUUGCUUCCUUCAACUGGAAGUUUGUGAAGAAAAACUGGCAGUUUGCCACUUCUGGCACUGGUGUCUGCAUCAACUUUAUGAUCAUCAUGUCUCUCAACGUGGUGUAUGAAAAGGUGGCCUAUCUGCUGACUAAUUUAGAGCAUCCACGGACAGAGUCUGAGUGGGAGAACAGUUUUGCUCUGAAGAUGUUUCUGUUCCAGUUUGUAAAUCUGAACAGCUCCACAUUUUACAUUGCUUUCUUUCUUGGAAGGUUUGCUGGCAGGCCUGGAAAAUACAAUAAACUCUUUAAUCGAUGGAGACUGGAGGAGAUCAUAGAUCAGUCCAAAAAGGACAUAGAAGGCCUGAAGCAGGUUGGCCAGUUCAUUCAUCACCACAUUCCCUUCCAAGAUGAUGCCCAACCUGGAUGGGUUGAGCUGAGGAUUUUCUUGAUCAACACUGUACAGGUCCUUGUCAGUUGCAUCAUAAUAGAGAAAAAAAAAACUGACUGGCAAGGAGAGAACAUAAUUAUGCCUUUUGGAUAACGCUGUUAUCCACCAAAAGGUACCUGAAUAUUUAUAAUGAAA